AUGUGGAAAAUAUGCGUUUGCUGCUUCGUCAUCGCCAUCGUCAGUCUAAGUGAUGUAAGAAGCCAAGAAGCUGUGGCAACCUUAAACGCACAAAACCCAUGCAGCCACCCGAACGCUAUCAGCUUGCCCAAGGAUAAGAAAUGCCUUGUACCCGUCGCCACUGCUGCUUCUUGGAUUGAGGCUUCUGGGAUCUGUGAAAGUGCUGGAGGAUCUUUGUAUGAGACCCCUGACGCACGUUUGGCCUCUAGACCUGAACUGAUGCAAUGUCUGGCAGAAAUGUCUGACACAAAAUACGAUGACAUGUGGAUCAACGCCAUCGGUUUAUGGACCCCUCAUUUUAUUUGGAUCAAUGGAACCUUGGUGAACAAAGUGGAUUACUGCACCCUACAACAGCCCAGUGAGGACAGUUAUGUUCCCAUCAAGAGUGAAUAUCUAAGCGUGGACUACUGUGUAUCUACGUGCCAUGAUAGUGGUGCUAGAUAUAUCAUACUGCAUCGAACCGGUAAAUUUCCCGAGUGUUACUGCCGGAAAGAAUUACAAGAGAGGUACAAGCUGCCGUGUGGUGUCAGUGCAGUCGACUACGGGGACCAAAGAGGAUUCUAUAUCGUGCACUCUAAGGAAGAUUCGUUGAUCAAAAUCUCUAAUGCCAACGCCUUCACUAGGACGGAUCUCCUGUGUGCUACAGUCAACGGAGAGACCAUGCGGGAAAGACAAAUGGGAAGCAACACUUGUUUCACUAAAAACCAUUUUAUUUGUUGUCUGGGUGAAAAGUCCAGCUGUGUGGACGAGAGCUGCUUUGGUCCAGUCUGUCGCUUUAUCAUGAUGGACAAAUGUAUGCUGCGUGUGGCUCUGGAAUACAACUGGUACGCUGCAAGAGCCUACUGCACCAACCUCGGCGGAGACCUGUGGAACAUGCACGAAUUCAAUGAAAUGGCUCAAGUUAAUCAGCAUUUGGAGCCGACCUCCGAAUAUUGGAUCGGUGCUACCAAUUACGGAUGGACUUUUAAUGGAACAAGCGCCAAUUUUAGCAGUCUGCCCUUCAACGAUGCUACCCGGGUCAGAUGUGGGCACAUGUUCCGGGAGAGGGAGACCUUUUCUAGCAACUCUUGGCAGUGGAGUGACGCCGACUGUACCCAGCAGAAGGCCUUCCUCUGUCAGUUUGAUAAAACUGAUUUUGCGGCGGAACUCAAUGGAAGCGAGACAGUGUGCCCGUGGAGACUGGUCGAUCCCAUUACACCAACACUGAACUUUAAUAGCACAACUUUCUUCAGUGUGGGGAACUCCACUGACUUCUUGGAAAAUAUCACAGUGAUUCCAGUUACUGAACAGUUUGUAGGAGUGUAUGGCGAAGAAAGUUUUCCAAUCGCUGCCGUCAUUGCCGCUAUAAUCGCCGGCAUCAUCAUGUUGACCUGUCUAGCUGUAGGCCUGACCUGGUGUUCCAGAAGCCCCUGGAUGUCAGGAGGAAUUAGGCGAGUUCGCGAACGGCUGGCUUUCAUUCCAUAUUUUGCUGACAUUCCCGUUGUUGACUAUGAAGGUCACGGACACAUGAGUUCUGCUUCAGACCACGGUUCCGAGGUCGGGCUGGUCAAAGGUGAAUAUCAAACGGCGAGGUCUGGGUUUGCCAUGUCGUCUUCAUACGCGGAACAAAGCGGGAUGUUUGCCAGUCAGUCCAUGGACCGCAGGCAGGAGGAAAGUAUGGACAGAAGGCUCAUGGGCGGCAACAGUAACUACAUCGCCAGCGGAAACUCUUCAGCCAAUGAACGUGGUUUUGCAGCGACCAAUGGUGGUGCCAUGUACAGUAAUGCUCGGGACCUCAUGACUCUCCAGGCGCAGAUGAACAUCUUGGAUGACGCAGAAGUUGCAGCUUUGCGAGAAUCAUUUCGCAGAAAACCCGAAGUUGCCCUGGUCACUGACAACGUGGACAUGAACUUUACGGUAAACCAUGCAGUCUCCCAGGGACAGGUCCAGGCGCUUGUUGGAGGUGACAUGGUGAGAUCUGCAGAAGAGAGGACUGUAGAGGCCGUUAUUCUCCCCGCAACUGAGGGAGGAGUCGCUCUCAGCUUACCUGAACGAGUGGUGGAGGAGGCGAGGAUCUAUUCAACUCUGAAAACUACGUAUAAUAUUUAG